GAUGGAAUACUGUACUAUACCUAAUAGCUUGUUUUUGGUGGUUUUUUUUUUUUUAUACUAUUUAGUCGAAACGAUAAAGUAUUCUUUAGUUGACUCAAUACAGAAAUAAAAUUAGAUCGUAUAAAAAUUAUUUGUAUUUAAUUUUAUGAUUUAACGGAAAUAAUAGAACGCCAUGAUGAUUUAUUACCACAGGUUAAUGUUUUUUGCGGGCUUAUGUGUAUCACUAUGUUUAAUAAUAUGUACCACGGUGUGGGCUGCAAACGACGAAAAAAUAUACAGGUAAUUGUAACUGCAUAGAAAUAGGCCAAUACUGCUGAUAGGUGUUAAACUGAUUUAGAAAGGAAGGUGAAAGUGAGGAUAUUAUAAGGAUUUAUUUGAUUGAAGGAAUAUUUCUAGUAGAAAAUUUGUUUAUAGAUACACACAUGCAAAAAACGCAUCAUAUUAAAUCUAAUAAAUGUCUCGCUUCGUUCAGAAUCUAAAAUACGACAUUUUGUUACUUAUACGACACUGUUAGGAUAUCAGUUUAUUCGCUAAAAUACAUGAAUUUCGUGGUUAUAAUAAAAUCUAUGUGAUUUCAAAUUAAACAUACGUACAUAAAUAAAUACAUUUUUUUUUUUAGUAUGUCAUUGACGAGACAACAAUCGCAACUGGAAAUGUUGAUUAAAGAUCCGAAUUAUAAGAACAAGUUGAAACAAAUAGAAAAACGUCGACCGAAGAACGAAAAUGUAACAUUAUUUAAGUAUUUGGAUGUAAGUUGUAAUAAAUUACAGGUAGUUUUGUAUACAUUUUAAUUAUAAUACGAAUUGACGUGAUACAUAUAGUUCAUAAUUUUUAAAACACUUUAUUUGAUUAUAUUAUAACUUGUUCAGUAGUUAGCGCAGAUGGGGACGUUAGGAAUGAAAUGACCUCUUAUUUAAUUUUUAAUAGAACAACUAAGAGUGUGUAUUUAUUAAAUCUUGAAAUGCAUAUAAUUAAGAAUUAGUCAAAAUACAAUUUACAAAGGAAAGUUCAAUCUAUUAAUUAAAAAUUGUUUUUUUGUGUACGUUUUUUAAAUUCCGAUUGUACGGUUGUGUAAAACAGAAGAUUCUACUAUUUAUUUAUUAAUGUAUGAUUAAUAAUUGCUACAUACACUCUCAUUGAAAAUGCUUGGGCACGCCACUGAUCUGGCGAUAUUUUAUUCAGUUCCUAAAUUCGAGAUAGUUAAUACGCGAGACGAAUAAUUUUGGUUUUAUCCCUACGAUGAGCUUAGUAACUCUGGAUUUAACUAAUUUAACGCAAACAAACAAAUAAAUCGUACCUAUUUGUUUGAAUUUAAUUUUUGUGAAAGAAAAUGAUAAACGGUUUUAAUAACAAUGCAUACAAUUAAUAUUAGUCAUUUUACAACAGUAAAGAUAUAUUACAAUAUUAUUAUGGAUGGUUCAAAUUGUAAAAUGUUUUAAACAUUGUAGUUACCACUCCUUUUUGAUAGAUAUUUCAUUUGUUUUAGAUUCUGAGCGGAGCGAGGAAUGUAUUGGUUUUACAAUGAUUUUUAUUAUUUUUUUUUUUUUUUUAUAUUCACUCGUAUACUGUGCACAAACAUUCUGUCAGAAAUAUUACACCAAUAAAUCAAGUGCAUUAAUUUUUCAGAAAAAUGAAUUUUAUCUAGUUUGUUACAUUAGGGAGGUAAUUUUUUGAUUUUCAUAAUAAUUGGCAAAACCGGGAUAAAACGCAGAAAAAACAGGAAAGCUUACGAAAAUAAAACUUUUGUUAUUUUCAAAUUUUGUUUUAUGGUUGUAAUUAAGUUCAAAACGUUCAUACAUAUUUAUAAUUUGCACAGAAAUCGUUUGCCUUUUCUAGACACGGUGAAAUUUUUAAAACAUUUGUCCUUAUAUUUGAGCUAUUUAUAGACAUUUAAAUUUUGCGAGUGUUUUACAUAAUUUUUAUUCGGCAAGUACUCUGUGGAUAAAACUGUUAGACCAAACAUGAAUGCUUGCAAAUUUAAUAGGAGGUUCGUUAAAGUUGUACUUAGUGUUCAACAAGAAAAAGUUGAGUUUAUCAUAGUACAUUUUUUUUUUAUUUAUAUGUAUAUAAGAAUUUGAAUAUCAAAUUUUGACGAAUAUCGUAAAUAUUACAGCCUUUUAAAUCGUGUAUAACCAUACUUCACUCGGAACUGUUGUAACGAUUAAUCGUUGUGUACAAAAUUACAUUAAAUGUGUCUUUAUAUCCUACCUACCCAACUUCUCAUCUACAAGAGUGGCCCACCCAUCGUGCGAGGUAAUUUAUUUUUUAUAAUAUUAAAUUCUAUUGUGUAUUAGACCGAAUACUACGCCGUGGUUGACGUUGGCAAGCCCGCACAGAAAUUCAAAGUGAUUUUCGACACGACCCGCGGUGAUAUGUGGAUACCGUCGAAAUUGUGUUCGAAAAUAAUGUAUCCGAUUUGUGGUAAGCCGUUAUCAUGAUUUACAAUUUUAUUGUAUUUGAUUGCAAUAGUAAUAUUAUAACGUCGUUGAUAACAAUAAUGUGUCAAAGGGAAGAAAAACCUGUACGACGCGAGCAUAUCGUCGACGCACAAGACGAUCGAUCCGCCGCGACCGUUUGACGUUGCGGGAUUAGUAGGAACUUUGACAUGCGACACCGUCCGGGUAAUUAUUAUGAUUAAAAACGUUUCAAAAUCCACGCGAAUGUCCGAUACCGUUUCAAGUCGUGUGAUGUUAGAUGAUAAUAUAUAGUUAGGCGCGUUUGUUUAUUUAAAGAUUCGAAAUAAAACGACAAAGCACGAUUGCGAUUAUACGGAAACGGACUGUAAUACAGGUAUAUUUCAAUGAUAACGGAACUGUAAACCGUUAUUAUACGGUUUAUAAUUUUGCUGUCACGACUAUUAUUAUUAUUAUUAUUAUUAUUUUCCUUCGCGUCCUCCGCGCUACCGCAAACUAAAACAUGAUAAAUUACGCUGUACGUUAACUCGAUAUUCAAUAGAAAAUAAAAACAUGUAAACACACGGAGUGGUAUAUUUAUCGUGAACUAACGGUUUUUCGCCGAUAAUUUUUUUUUUUUUUUUUUUUUGUGUUAUUUGUUUUCCAAUAAUUAUAAAAUCGAUCGAGCCGACUCACUAUAUAGCCUACCUUAAACGAGUAUAAACUUAUGGUUUUCCAUUUAAUCGCAGAUUCGAAUAUACAGAGAAUAUUUUUCAAAAACAUUUUUGUAGGCAAAACAUUAAUAUUGAAUUGACCGUUUAUGAGUUACAGCAGUUUGAAAUUAAGCCUGAAAUACUAUGAAUAGGUAAUAAUAGACUUUAUCAUAUCCAUUUUUAUGCGAUACAAAAUUGAUAGCGAUUCUCUACUCUUUCGGUGAAACCCUAAACAAACGUGUAGACAGUCAACACGACAUUAUACAGCGUUUUGCAUAUCGACUUUUCGAAACAAAUUUGCGAUCUAUAAGAAUCUCUAUUUAAAAUAUUGGUUCCUGUUUGAAGAGUAUGUGUAUUCAUUAAUGGCGAAAAUAACUGAGGGUAAAAAAUUGAAAAUAGUUUUAAAUUAAAACGAUUCUAUAAGGAUUGAAAUCAAAUUUAGUUCAAAUACAGCGAAAAAACCCCGGGUUCGUGAUAAAUUAAUCACCACGUACAAUAUUAUUUUUAAGUAUUUAUUUUUUCAUCGGGUAAUACAUCAAACCUUUUGUGUUCACUGUUCACAUAAAAAAAAAUUUGUAUUUACAGUUGGCUCACUUGAACGUGUCCGACUUAAUAUUUGCCGAGGUCAGAGAAAUUCCGAAUAUCACGGAUUAUGAUACCAUGUACGCCGACGGAGUAAUCGGUUUGGGGUAUAAUUCAUUAUCCAAAACUACGGACGAACCAUUUUUCUACAAACUUCUCGCCCAAAAAAAAAUCGAAAAACCAAUUUUUUCGUUUUUUUUAAACCGGUAAGUACAUUUCAACACGAUUUCACUAUUCAAAUUUCUCACUGUAUUAUAUUAUAAUGGUUCAUAUUUACUAUUCACCGUGUCUUGUAAGAAAUCUUUUUAUUUUGUAUAUUUUUAUUUUCAGUGCUAAAAAAAUAUUUACAAUAAUCUAAUAUUGUUUUUCGACAAGUAUUUAAAUAAUAAUAAAAUACACGAGACUCUGUAUUGAGACUCUAAUAUAUAUAUACUCUUAACGUAUGCUUUACGUAGGUACAACACUGACACAGCACCACAACGCGGUGAUUUAUGGAAUUUAUCGAUUUAAAAAAAAAAAUACUUUCAGUAAAUACAUUAAAUACCGAUACAUUAACAAAAAUAACUAGUAGGAAGGUACUUUAAAUAUAAAUUCCGCUUACACGUUUUUAUUUAAGUUUUUUUUUUUUUUUUCAUCGACCCUCAUCAACUAGGUCGACAAGUUUGUUUUGCGAGCUUUUUUUAAUGAUGAAUAUAAUGAUAAAUAAAUUAUGUUCGCAUAAUAUAGGUUUGAUAGUAUAUUUUUAAUAAAUUUACAUUUUUUUUUUUUUUUUUUUUUUUUUUAAAUAAAAAAAUUAUACUUCCUACGUGAGUUAUAAACGUAUACAAAAUAUAGAAUAGACAUAAGUUGCUUAAAUCCUACAAUAUUUUUGAAAUCUAGAUAGGAAAAAUUUGCUGAUUAUUUAUCUUUGUCUAAAGAUAAUUAUUACAGUAAUAAUUUGCAAAAACUAUAGAAUAAUAAUUAUAAUAUUGUAUAUUAUACAAGGUGAUUUUAUUUUUUUUUUUUAUUGUAUUUCAGCAAUUAUCUACGAAAAUUUUAAGUAAAAUUGAUUUUGUUUUUUUUCCUUAUCCCUCCUCUUUUUCAAACCAAAUUCGAACAGAGAAUAUUUUACUAAAAUAUAUAAUAUUUUAUAGAAAACAGUUGUUAUCUAAAAACGGAUAGGCAAUUUACUAUCCUAUUUUGGCUACUUAUUUUUCCUAAAUGGGUUUAACUGUGUUAACUGGGUUAACUGUUAACUAAUUCAUAAACGAUAUAUCCUUGCAAAGUAGUUAGCUCACAAAAAAAUGUGUGUUUCUAAGAACCCAUCUAUCCACCUUCGUAUGAUAUAUAAGAAUUUAAAUUUAAUAGACAAUUAUAAAACAUUAAAACAGGAAAAAAAUCAAUCCCAUAAUAUUAUGUUAUAAGCAAACCUAAUAAAUUACCACCAAUUCAUGUUCUCAACUGUCUCACCUACCCGUCCACUAAAUGUUUCAGAAUCAAUACGUGGAUCAUAGGAUAGCCAUUGUCCUUGCAUAUUAGUGGUAUGCAUAAAUACAAAUAGGUAUUCAAAAAAAAUCGAAUCUGUGUAGUUCCGUGAAGUCCACUGUGAAUAUUACCAAUGGUCUGUAGUGUCUGCCAUCUCAUUUGAAACACCUGUUACGAUAAGCUGGAGUUAUUGUGAUCCUAUUUUAACCGUAAACCGCAGAGAAUAUAAAAUUGGUCGUUGUGUUUUAAAUCCAAUUGUCUUUUAUCGUCUUUUAUCGUUUUACCUCAUACUAGUUUACAUUAAAUGCCAUGUGUUUAUAUCUUUUAAAAUAUUAGCUCGUGCGUCGUCGUUGGAAACACUGGCCUAGUGUGCAUCAACGGAAAACCAUAUUACCUAUAAUUAAAUAUGUGGUCCGCGAUAUGACAAUCGAUAAACGCUGUAAUAUAUAGUCGUGGCCAAAUAUGACGUUGUGAUUAGUUAUCGUUCCGACAGAAAUAUAUUUACGCUAUUUACAUUUCAUAAUAUAACGAUGUAACAUUUUGGUCACGACUCUUACAAUGGCUGUGGCCAUGUGUUUUAUACUCUUAUACUCUGUAUAGGUAGCUGUCAUUCGGCCGCCGCCACUGAUAAAGAUAAACGAAAUGAGUAAUUUUGUAAACAUAUUAAAUUUUGCCGAUUGGUUUACUAAUACGCACAAUGCACAUAUAGGCACCGAGAAUGUGUGAUUAGACCCCAAGACAGUAGUUUGGGGGUUAUUUUGAACACAGCGAGUGACUGACAUGGAUCUUUUCGUUGGGUUGUACUCUAUAUUAUUAUAAUUUAAGGAAUUACGUGUUCGGCCAUGGCGCUGCAGCUUCUAUCGUUUUAUCACCAACAAGCUAGGCCUAUUAUUCCAAUACAAUAAACUGCCACCAGAGUGCGGACCCUUCAAAUUUAGAUCACAAUUGAAUUAAAAUUAAAUAUAUAUUAAAAAUAUAUACUACAAAUAAUAUUACUGUGUUUCUAUAAGGCCUCGGUGGGGACGUAGGCACUGUAUUUAAUGAUUCAGUGACACACGAUUAUUCUCAGAUUUAAUUAUGUAACCUAAUAUAUUGUAUUGGAUAUACGUUAUUAUUUAUGGUACUAUAUACAAGGACGUAAACUAUACAAUGUAUAAUGUGUUUGGACUGCAUAUAGUAAAAUAAUAAUAUAGUAUAUCGCGGUGUAAUCAAUCCUCUUUGAAGUAAAUAUAAUUCAAUCUCAGCCAUAUGAGAUAAAGUAGCCGGAUAUCAAUAUUAUAUUAACAUUGCAUUUUACCUACUAAUUUUCGAAAAAAUCUUAGCAAAAAAAUAUAUUCGUAUAAUCGUCUUUAAUGCGUGCUUAUGGUAAUAAUAAUAAUAACAAUAAUAAAGACGGGCAUACGUCGCACGUGCGUGCAUUACCUGUUGUAGGUGGGAAGGUAGGAUGCAGAAGGGAAUUUAAUGUAUAUCUAUAGGCAGCGUUAAACCAUUGAAAAACGAUUCUGAGCAGAGUUCAGUUGAUAGUGAUGCUUAAGAAUAGAAUAAAGAAAUAUAAUAUAAAGAUUUAUAGUUAAAGCAAUGUAUUUAAAUCGAAAUUUAUUUUAUUUUAGUAAAGCGUGGUAUACAGUAUUGCUUUUUUAACAAUGUGCGUUUCCGUGACAACAAUGAUUAUUUAAAAAAUAUCAAAAUAAUAAAAACUUAAUAAUAACAAAAAAUAAAUAAAACCUAUUCCCAAUGACAACGUUAUUUUUAAUCUUUCAAUCUUUUUUUAACCUAAAGAAGCAAGUUUUUCUCAUUAUCUCGAAUAUUAAUGAGAAUUUCCAAAAAUAAUCUUUCUAAAGUAUCACUCAAAGAACAUUUCCUUUCAGAAAAAGUGCACAAAGCUUUUUUUUGAAAUAAAAGUGUUCGCAUAAAAAAAUAAAACAUAAUUUUAAAAACAAUAAAUUCCUCGCUCCGCUCAGAAUCUAAAAAUAAAUUGUAUUCAUUUAUUUUAAACAAUUAAGAAAAAUGAUUAUGAGACCUAAACAGUUAUAAAACUCGUGUACAGUUAUAUUUUAAAUGUAUAAUAAGAAAUUAUAAUUCAUAAUCCGUCUCUCAUUGGACACUGUUAAUUGGUUGUGACGCCAACCCAUUUGGAAAAUAUCUGUACGACAUAAUCUUGAAGAUUAAAAAUUAAAACUGUAGGUAUAAGUAGGUAUUUAAUUAUUUUGAAAUCAAAAGUCGGUUUGAAUUAUUUAACAUAAAAUGAAAGGGUGUUUUUAUUUUUUUUUUAUACAACUAUAUGCAAAAUGAAUAUUGAAGUUUUCAUAAUUAAUAAUACUAUUUAAAUACAAAACAAACAAACUUCAUUGAAAUCUUUAAAAUAACAUAUUUUAUUUUAAUUUACGUAAAAUUAUGAAAUAUUAAAUGAAUAUAAAUAGUCAAAGACUUUAUGAACUAUUCCGUUAUCUUUAACAAAUAAAAUUAUAAUCCCGUGUUUUGAUAUAAUAUUAUUUCUACAGAGAUGUAACAACAAACAAAGGAGGAUCAAUAUUUCUUGGAGGUGUUAGCAAGAAACAUAUGAAAACCGACAUGGUCUACGUUCCAGUAAUAGAAAAAAGUUACUGGACAAUAAAAUUAGACCAGUAAGUAUGCCAAAACAUUUAUAUUUUAUUAAUAUUUUUACACAUGUAAAUAAAAUUGUAUAUUUCAAUAUAUUCAUAAUAUUAAGGACUGUACUUAUAUACAUAUAUAUAUAUAAGCUACAUAAUAUAGCUACAUUAAAUUGAAACCAAUAGACAGAACCGUUUUAAAUUUUACAUAUUAAAUUAUCAGGAAUAUCGUGCUGAUUCUGGUCACCCGAAUCACUGUUUAAGCCAACUAAAAUAUAGAUCAACACGGUUAUGCAUUUUGGAAAAUACUGGUUUUACUCGAAAACUUGAACGCCGUCAGUGAGAAUAUUGUUACAUAAUAUCAUGUCGGAUACAAAGGUUUUCGGUGUUUUUAUACUAUUUGUUAUUAUAAUAUUUCUACUAUUUGUAUCUUAAUUAAACUAAAAUGGCUAUUGAUAAUAAUAAUAAUAUAAUUCGAAUCAUUUUUAAAAACAAACAAAAUGAAGUUGUGUUAUACAUGACAAUAAUAAUGCUCACAAUAAAAUAUUAUGGUUGUGAAGUAUAGUUCAACAUUAGCAGUCUCAUAUAGAGAAGAUUGAAGACUUUUGUAAAUAAAAUAUAAAAAAGUGGUUAAGUUUUGUAUUCAAGUUGAAGCAAAAUUGCUGGUUAAAAAGUUGCGCACAAGAAAGAAAAUCGAAAAUUUUAGUAAUGUAUUUCGUAAAGUUUUCCGUUUUUUUUCCCUAAUGUACCUCUCUACACCGAUUUUCUUACGGAAAGAUUGAUACACUUAGAAAUCUGAGCAAGCCUUCCAAUAGAAAAGUUGUUCACAGAUCAAAGAAUCAUCCUUGUAAAACCAUAAGCUUCUUCGCUCUACUCAGAAUCUAAAAGAUAAUAAUGGUUACUAUGAAGUGGUUUAAAAAAUUAUUUUUAAAUUUUUUCUCUUGAUUUAAAUUUUUUAAUCUGACUCGAAAUCAGUUAAAAGUAAAUAAUUAAAUUUAGAUUACCUACCGUAUUAUACUAUUCCCCAUAACCACUAAUGAGCUAUUUAAACAGAUGACACUGAGAAAACAAUUUUUAGUUUUAAUUAUAGGUGAUCACUGUUAAGUUAUCAUUUACAAACUCGUAUUAACGUUAGACAAGUAAAAAGAUUAACAGAAUUUUCGGUUACAUUGAAUCUUAAGCACUUGACAUAUAAAUCGGUAAAUACGCGCAUUGUUGUGCUGUUGCGUGGCCAUGAUGUACAAAAUAUUAUAGAAAUCCCUAAUAGGCCAGUGUACCAUAAACUACAAACAACGAUAUUCAAUUUGACCAAACCAAUGUACACCAGUGAACCCAGAUCGAAACUAAACAUACUUGAUAUCGUAAAAUCACGUAUCUAACUACAGAAAAUAAAACAUUUUAUUCAGUCAAUUAAAGCUACUUUAAGGGCGAACGCCGUUGUAUAAAGUGGUGGCGAUUAACACUUAUUCCGGUCAUAACAAACCAAUAACGAAUUAGCGCACAUCACGAACACUGCUGUAACCUUAAUCGAAGUAAAACGUAUUUUUGUUUUUGUUUUUUUUUUGUUUUUAGACUCAGUUAGCCGGUAUACCUGCAUUUAGCCCUUAUAAUUAUUAACCUACUCAAAUUAAAUAUUUAUCGAAUUAAAACUCUUAUAAGGUACGACGAUCGAUAUGCCACAAAACAAAACAUACAUAAAGUUUUUUUUUUUAAUUCUGAGCCCAAAAAUGAUGUAUAUUGGUUUUACUACAUUGUGUUGUUUUUGUCAAACUACUUCAUUUCUACCAAGAAUAAAUGUUGCUCAGAUAAUUAUUACGAGUAUUUUUGUUAGUUUUUAUUUGGCUUCAUAAUGAUGAAAUUUGUUUGGCUUCUCAAAGUGCUCAAUAAUUUGACAAGAGUAAUUGUAGUCCCAAAUCAAUACACUUCUUGUUUUAAGUUAAUUAAACAAUGUUGAACUAAACUUUCGCUCAAAAUCGUUUUUUUUUUAUUUGUGAUGUUUUAUCGUUACGUACAAAUAUAAUUUAAUUUCCUUUUGUAUAGUAUCUUUUAAAUUCUCUACUUAUAUUAGUUGAUAAUAACGAGCACCAUAGAAACGAUGUGCAAAACACCCGCCAUGUACUAGGAUUUUUACUUAAUGUAUCAAGUCGGCAAAUUUGUAUUUUCCAAUACCUCUUUCUAAAAAAUAAAACCGUAGUUCAAUUAAAGUUGAGAAGCAGAUUUCAGACUUUAAAAGUAUCGUAUGUUAUGACAAUAAUGUUGUAACGUAAUGUAAUAAAUUUUCCAACAAAAUUGUAACCGUUUAAUAAAUAUUAUAAAUAUUAUUGUAAAUUUGUAGAUUUUCGAUCCAUAUGAAUAAAACAUAUUCGAAAACGUUUUGUAACCCAUCGUGUAAAGUCAUAUUGGACACGUCUACGAACAAAAUUGGCGUACCUCCUGAACAAGUGGUCGAAAUAAAUAGUCUAAUCGGUGCCGUAGAAUACAAAUACAACAGAUACGCGGUAAGUGUAAAUGAAAUAUAUGUCGACGAAAACUCAGAUAAUGUUCCACCGUGCUUACUCAAUGAUUAGUGAAAAAUCAACAAAACACGUCGGAAACAUGGAAACUAUUGGCUUUUAACUGCAUGGCGAUUGUUAUAACUUAAAUAAUAAACUUAAGUAAUAAAGUCUUAAUGAAGAGAAAAUUAUUUUAAUAUCUUAUUUGAUGCAUAUCUAAAAAAUCGAUAAAAAAAAAAAAAAGAAAUUGAUGAUGUUUUUUGUAAAUAGCAAAUAGUAUAAGUUAUGUUAAACCUAUCGUUUAUUUUUUUGACGAAAAUGUUUUGAACAACAAAUAGUCUUAACAAAAAAACAGUAGCAAAUUAUUCAAUUUUUCUUUGUUAAGACUCGUCCCAUUCUUUUUCAUCAUAUUCUUCCUCCACUAUAUCAUCAGGUUCUUCGUCAUUGUCGUCCGGGGCAUCAACUUCAUCUUAUCUUGUAUAAGUGGGUCUGCAUCAUGCAUAUUGCAUGCAAAAUAAAAUAUUUUUCUAUUAAAAUAGCAUAGGCAUAUUUAGGCACCUAGUCUUCAAUGUUCUUAAAAUGAGGAUAUUUACAAUUAAACAAAAAAAAAAAAAAAAAAUGCCGGUAUACUCCAUGAAAUAAAUCCAAAGUAAAACGAAUGGAAUUAUUUAUUUACUUACGUACAACAGAAAAACCUAUCACUUUGUUCUACGGUUAAAAACAUGUAUAGUGUCUAUAAACAAAUAAGCCCUAUGGAAACAAAUAAGUUAUAUGGAUAGGUAUUACAUAAUAUUAUGUUGUUCAAUAGUAUCUAUCAUAGACAUCAUCACAUUUGUCUUCACAACUUAUAUUAACGAGUCACGAUAACGCAACGUGAUACACUAUUUUGUUUCGUAUCCGCUACGACGACGAUCUGAUGCUCGACAACAAACGCCUUAUUGAACUUUGUGGAUUAUCAAUAAAAACAUUUUGACGUUAGGUUUAGAUAUUCUUUUAAGUCGGAUACUCUCAGGCACAAAACAUUUUUAGAUAUUCCGUACUUUUAUUUCGUGUGGACUUUUUUCGGCUUUUUGGGGCGAAAUACUUGCAUGUGCGUCGUCUAAUUGCAACCUAUUAUGUUUUCGUAUUUUUUUACAGGUAAACUGUUCGCAAGUGCAAAAAUUGCCGACCAUAACACUCAGGAUCGGCAGUCAUGAUUUCGAUAUACAUGGACGGCAUUACAUACAAAAAGUGAUAUUGCAAUAUUUUAAACAUUAUUUACAUACUUUUAGUACUUUACAGUGAUUUUGAUCGUGUGUUUAUCUAUUUUUAGAUGGAGACUAAGUUCGGUGAAUUAAUAUGUCUUUCGGCGUUUUGCAAAUCAGGUGUGACCGGCGUUUGGACAUUGGGUGGCGCAUUUUUAUCGAGUGUUUACACCGCGUUCGACUUGGGCAACAAUCUCGUGGGAUUUUCUAGUUUGAUAAACACGAAUCCACGAUAAUACUCUUCAAAAAAUAUUUCGUUAUCCAUUUCGUUAAACAAUAAUAUCUACUUACCUAAAAUUCAUUAUUUUUAUUGGUUAUAUCAGUUCACACUGAUACAAAAUACCUACGUAAAAAUGGUAAAAACAAUAUAAAUAUUAAAUCAGUAAAGAAAGUCUUUAUUUCUAUGUAUUAAUUUAUAUCACAGAGAAAAUUAAUAUUCGUCGAACAAUACCUAUUUUUUGGAACCAAAUUUUUUUCAAAACUGUUGAUAGCUUAAAUUGUGUAUUUUUUAAAAGAUUAUGUAUAAACAAAAAUAAUUCCUAUUGGGGACGGGUGUGCCACGUUUGUCUGUGAGAAGUUAGGAAGAUACAUAAAGGACAUAUAAAUUUAUUUAAUUUAUAUCUAUAAACAAUGAUUGUGAUUUAAUUUUUUGUAUCUUAGGCGUUUCACAUCUGCAAUUAUUGGUUUGUUCUUAUGUAUAGUUGAAAGUAUCUUUAAGAAUUUCUCCAUUGAGCAACUGUUCUAAAUAUUUUGCCUAUCUUUUCGCUAUUCCCACCUUUGUUAUUAUAAGCUCUCCAUCAUACCUUAGACCUGACCUAACCUAACCUAUCCUGCCUCUUAUAAAUUUUUCGUGUCUUUUAUAUCUAUUCAUUUUUUACAAUUUACGAAUCAUAAAACGGAGUUUUAAAUGUGUACAGACCGUGAUAGAAUAGUACACAUAACUAAAUUUCAGAAAAGUCGUUUAAAAAAAUUCACCUCGGCGACUUGAUUAAGUAUCUUAAAUAAUGACUUUAAUUACUUAGGUCUCAUUUGUCCGGGUAAAAUAAAAGGUAAAAUAAAGGUAAAGUACAGUAAAUGUAAAGGUAAAGGUAAAGUAGGUAAAGUACAACGCUAUCAGGUACCUAUCAAGUUCAAAAUGUUGAUAAAACCUAAUACUGUAAGUUGUCAACUUAGAACAUUUCUAUAGUUAUAUCAUGGAACAAAAAGUGUACGAGUAUCAGAUGAGUAUAGGUACAUAUUUUUAUCACGGAGUCUUUCUGAAUAAACGAAAUGGCGUUAAACACGUCAUAUUGGACAGAGGCAUGAUAAUGCUAUUGUAAACAUUAAAAUUGUAUAAUACUAUUGCCGUACCAAUAAUAAAAACACUCCCGUUUUUUUUUUUGAGUCAUAAAUAGCUUAAACUUUGUACAUACAUUAUACGUAUUGUUAUUAUUAUUAUAACUUCUAUUGAAUCGUGUAGAGUAGACGAUGCCAGGGAAAUUUAAGACGGGUAACAUCUGGGUACACCAUCUGUCCCAACGACUCCGGACUUUUUAAUAUUUUCUUUACAUUAUUAUAGCGGGGUUUUUUUUUUUUUUUUUAAAUUAUUCCGUCG